AUGAAAGACUCUAAUGUAGAUAGAGAACGUAUUAUUAAUUUUAGUAUUUUUAAAAGGAAUGAAAUACAAACCAAUUCUACAAUUGAAACAAAAGAUUUUAAUAAAACAAUUAUCAAAUAUUUUGAUUCAAUAGAAACAAAAGAAGAAAAUAAUAAGGAUAUAAAAAAGGACAAAGAUUUAAAAGAAAAAUACGUAAACACAUUAGUUACAAAAACAUCGUCAAAAAAUAAUGAAGUAAAAAUCCAGGCAAUAAAAGUUCGCCAUGGAUUUAAAAACAAAGAUUUAGAAAAAUGUAAUACCAUAGGUGAAAAUAUAUUUUAUAUGCACUAUACAGCUAAACGGCAUGAAACAUGUGGUAUUCCAAGACUUAAAAAUGAAAAACUCCAAGAUUGGAGAAUGAGAGAAAGAUUAAAAACAGUUUCUGCGGCAUUAUGUAUAUGUAUGAAUAUUGGCGUUGAUCCUCCUGACAUAGUCAAAACAACUCCUUGUGCAAAAUUGGAAUGUUGGAUUGAUCCAUUUUCAUUACCAUCACAGAAGUCAUUAGAAGCUAUAGGAAAGAAUUUACAACAACAAUAUGAAACUCUUAGCACGCGUACGCGAUAUAAACAAUAUCUUGAUCCUUCUAUAGAAGAAACUAAAAAAUUUUGUUCUGCUCAACGCCGUAAUGCCAAAGAUGAACGUAUAUUGUUUCAUUACAAUGGACAUGGAGUUCCAAGACCUACGGAAAGUGGUGAAAUAUGGGUAUUUAAUAAAAAUUACACUCAAUAUAUUCCAAUAUCCUUAUAUGAUCUUCAAACAUGGCUAGGUUCUCCAUGUUUAUAUGUUUAUGAUUGCAGUGCGGCUGGUAAUAUUCUUAUAAAUUUCAAUAAAUUCGCAGAACAGCGUGAUGCGGAAACUCAAAAACAACGCGCAUUUGAUUCAACUAUUCCUAUAUCAUCAUUACAAAAAGAAUCUAUUCAAUUAGCUGCAUGUGGGCCUAGAGAAUGGCUUCCUAUGAACCCCGACCUUCCAGCAGAUUUGUUUACAUGUUGCCUAACAUCACCUAUUGAAAUUGCUGUUAGAUGGUUUGUUUUACAAAACCCUUUUCUUUCGAAUAUAACUAUAGAUAUGGUAAUGAGAAUACCUGGACGCUUACAAGACAGAAGAACACCCCUCGGAGAAUUGAAUUGGAUAUUUACAGCUAUUACAGAUACUAUUGCAUGGAAUAUUCUUCCAAAACCCUUAUUUAAAAAAUUGUUUCGACAGGAUUUAAUGGUAGCAGCACUAUUUAGAAACUUUCUUUUAGCAGAACGAAUAAUGAGAGUUCAUCAGUGCCAUCCAAUGUCAUAUCCUUCUUUACCUCCUACUUAUCAUCAUCCAAUGUGGAAUUCAUGGGAUUUAGCCGUAGAUACAUGUUUGGCGCAAUUACCUCAGUUGCUUGAAGCAGAAAAUGGAGGUCCUGCAUAUGAAUAUAAGCAUAGUACAUUUUUUAGAGAACAAUUAACUGCGUUUGAAGUAUGGUUAGAGCAAGGCUCAGUAUUUAAAAAAGCACCUGAUCAAUUGCCAAUAGUACUUCAGGUGCUUUUAUCUCAGGUUCAUCGUUUAGGAGCUUUAAUUUUACUUAGCAGGUUUCUUGAUCUGGGCCCAUGGGCUGUGAAUCUUGCAUUGUCUAUUGGAAUUUUUCCAUAUGUCUUAAAACUUCUUCAGUCACCAGCUUCAGAGUUAAAGCCUGUUUUGAUUUUUAUAUGGACUAGAAUAUUAGCAGUUGAUGGCUCUUGUCAAUCUGAUCUUCUUAAAGAUGAUGGUUAUUCCUAUUUUGUUCAAAUUCUUUCCCCAUCUUGUGGAAAUUUAUCAGUAGCUAACGUAUCAGAACACCGUGCAAUGUGUACCUUUAUCCUUAGUAUUUUUUCUAGAAAUUUUACACAAGGACAAACUGCAUGUUUGAAUUCGGGAGUUUUACAGGCAAAUCAUGUGCAUCUUCGUGAUAAAGAUCCUUUAUUACGACAAUGGUCAUGCCUUUGUAUCAGUCAAAUAUGGAAGGAUUUUUCCGAUGCAAAGCUUCUUUGUAUUAAAGAAGGUAUAGUUGAUUCUUUAUGUGAUUUAUUAUCGGAUCCUGUUCCAGAAGUUAGAGCUGCUAGCUUAUUUGCUUUAACAACUUUUUUGAGUCAUCCUAUAGAAGAUAAAGAAGUAAUUGCUAAAGAGGAUUAUGUCGUUACGUCAGUACUAAAUCUUUCUCUUGAUGGCUCAAACUUAGUACGUAAAGAAUUGAUAGUUUUUUUGUCUCGGUAUGUUUCACACUAUAAUAAGAAAAUUAUGGUUACAGCAUUUGAGCAUUUAAUGCACGAAUUUUUCAAUUUCGGUCUUAAUGAUUCUAAAUUUCAGAAACCUCUUGUUAAUUAUAGUACAAAUUCUUUAUUUUUAACUGUAUGGAAAACAUUAUUAUUACUCACUGUAGAUCCAUUUUUGGAGGUUGAAUUGGCUAGCAUUCAUGUUGUGAACAAAAUAUAUAAUAUGCUUAUUAAAUCUCAACUUGGAAGUACAACAAAAUUUAUUGUUGAAAAAGUAAUAGGUAUUAAGAAUGAUACAACAUAUAAAUCGAAAUUACAUAGUUCUACGAAUGAAAAUAUUAAAUCAACAUCUUUUGGGACUCAACAAACACCAUCUACUUCAAAACUAACUAAUACUUUAAAAUGCUCUACUUCAAUAGCUUUAUCCUUGAAAAAUCUUAAAAUUGGAACUUAUAAUGAAGCAUCAGCACUAGAAUCUAAUCUUUCCUUUGAUGAAGACAUUCAUCAUAGAUCAGCAAAUCAUCAUUCAACUUUAAUUAAACCUUUCCCUAAAAAUUUUAACUUAAAAUUUUAUAAAUCAUCUAAACAUAUAAUUCAAAGCACUUUUUUUGAUUGGAGCUGUGAAUAUUUUCAAGAACCCCAAAUGAAACCAGCGGAAGCAGAUGAACCAGGAAGUGUUAAUUAUAAUCAACGGUUAUGGAGAAGGAAUCGUAAUGAAAAAAUUAUAAAUGAAGCCUGUAGCUUAAAAGAUAUAGCAGAUUCACUAUCAUGGAGUAAUCAAAUUUGUAAUCUCAAAUCAGGUUUUGCACAGAUUUCACAUCUUUUAUUUCAUCAAUUUGAGUCUCAUCUUAUUUGCACUGAUGAUCAAGAUAAUGUAGAAGUAUGGGACUGGGAAUCUGGAAUAAAAUUAAACCAAUUUUCAAAUAACAAUACAUUUGGAGCACGAAUUACUGGCAUAAAAUUUAUAAAUGAAGAUGAUAUUGGAUAUAUAUUAGUUGGAUCUUCUGAUGGCAUUAUACGAAUAUAUAAAAAUUAUGACACAGAAUCUAUAGAACUUGUUACUGCAUGGAGAGCAUUAACAGAUAUAAUUCCACUAAAUCGCGGUAAUGGUUUAGUUAUCGAUUGGCAGCAAAAACGCGGUAUACUUUUUGUCGGUGGCGAAGCAGAAAUUAUCAAAAUUUGGGAUACAUCACAAGAAAUGUGUUUAAACAAUAUAUCUACAAAAUCCAGAAAUUGUAUUACUUCAAUUACUUCAGAUGAAGUUGACGGUAAUAUUUUUGUUGCCAGUUUUGGUGAUGGUACUAUACGUAUUUAUGAUCAAAGAAAUUCUCCAAGAGAUGCAAUAGUUAGGAUCUGGAAAGAACAUAAAACUUGGAUUCCUACUAUAAGUAUGCAAAAAUGUGGAAAUCGGGAACUUGUUUCAGGAAGUAUUUCUGGUGAUGUAAAACUUUGGGAUAUUAGGCUUGAUAAUUCUAUAAGAACCAUUAAUACUCAUUCCGAUGGUUUACGAUCGCUUUCUGUCCAUGAACAUAUCCCAUGCAUUGCUACGGGUUCUACUAAUAGUGAUCUUAAAGUUUGGAAUACAGAUGGAUCAAAUUUAUCUGCAUUUAAAUACUACUAUAGUUUUUUGCAUCAAGGAAAACCUACAUCAGUUAACGCUUUAAAUUUUCAUCCUCAUAAAGCUAUUUUAGCAUGUGCUAAUGGAAAUGACAGUCAUAUAAAUAUCUUUACAUGCGACAUUGGACGAAAUCAUUGAUAAACAUGAACAUUUUUUAGAAUUAUAAUUUAUAAUAUAAAAAGUUAAAUUAUGUAACAUAUUAAAAAUAAGUACAGACA